AUGCUAGCACGGCCCAGCACCUCUUCCGGUCCCGGAUCUGCCUCUUCUUUCUCCUCCUUCUCCAGAACGGGCGGGACGAAGACCGGCUUUGUCGACAACAAGCGACUGUCCAAGGACGAUCUUGCUCUGACCACGGCCAGGUGGAACAGAGGGCCGGGCUCACACCGUACCCACGGAACCGCCGCAGAGACCUUUUGGCUGCCGACUCCCGAGCAGUCUCCUCAACGGGCUCCAGCACGGAUCUCACCUUCGCACGCUAGGACAAUGGUCAUGUCUCCACCGGCCAUGUCACCACCGCUUGCGCGGCUCCCAACGCCGCAGUCAUCAUCGGCGUCCGGGAAAAUCCCCAUCGGCAUGGCACUGGGCAGUCCCACGCGCGACUCCUCGUCAUACGCCGGGAGUCCCCAGGCCGGGUGGCAGCCCCAGUUUCCGUCCUCCCAGGGGCCAGUAGGACCAGUAGCACAGUCGGCAUCCGUCCACGUGACGCAUUCUGCCUCGCCGCUGGCGACGCCGGCGCCGGUCACGAUCCAGAGGACCAAGACGCAGAAGAGGAGGUUGUUUGGGUCGCUGUUUGGGAGCAAGAAGCAUGCUGAGCCGGCUAGGGUUGUGGAGAGUGUCGCUUCGUCGGUGGCAACGCCCGCGCCGUCGAGGAGUAAUACGGUUGCUGGGAGGAAGACGCCGAAGCAUAAGCCGAUUAUCAUCAAGGGGAUGCCUGAGCCGGGGAUGUCGGCGCCGGCUCCUUUCCUAUCGCCGGGCAACACUAGUACGACAACAAAUACUACCACCUCCACUAGUAGUAACGGCACCAGCACCGGCCUCCUCAACGUCGACAUCCCGGAUAUCCGUCUGGAGCGGUACAGCGUCAUGUUCAGCGGCGUGUUGCACCCGGGCAGCGGGAAUAGGUCGUCAUCACUACUGGAGCGACGGCAGGCGACGCUGGAGAGACUGAAGACGAUUAGCGACAGGAUUGAGAUGGAAGAGAGCGAGGGAGCAGCAGCCACGGGCACGGGCACUGAAGAGGGGAAAGCAGGGCGGCCACGUCGGGCUACGUCGCCGCAUCCUGCGGGCUCCCCGUCGUUUCCACAGCAAAUAGUGGGUAAGGACAUGGAAUUAUCGACAGCAGCAACGGCGGCAUCGCUGGCUCCGCCGUCGCGCGGUUUAGCCCGGUCGAAUACCUCGCCGGGGUAUCUACCGUCGCCGUCGCCGUCGAGGACGAGUUUUGAGCCGCGGCCGGUGCAAGGUUCGGGGGAUGCGCUGACCAAAAGGGAAGGCGGAAAGAGGAGGAAGGAAGGGAAGACGGUGACGGUUGUGUCGCCGCGGGAGAUGGACGAGCGGAAUCGGGCGGUGUAUGUCGAGAGGUGGAGGGAGCAGGCUCGGCUUCAAUCUCAGUCUCAGUCUCAGGUUCACUCUCAGUCUCAACAUAUCCAGGGACAGCAAAGCAACGCGAUACAACCCAUCCAACACGCCCACCCGUUCCGAUCUCACCCCCCGGGCACCGGCUAUUCAGCGCCGACACCAUCAACAGCCACAGAAUCCGCCCACUUCCACCCCAACGAAUCGAGUCUCCAUCUCGACACCCCCGAGAGCGGCACCCCGUCGUCUCGGCCGUCGACGUCUGCCGGAGACGAGCCGGUGGCGGCCCCGAAGCCUGCUGUAUUGUCCCCGCAUUGGGAGAUGAUCACGCCGCCGUCGUCGACGUCGUCAUCGCCGCCUUCGUCCAAGACUGCGGACGCGGCGACUGGAGCAGUAUCUAACGCCCCAAUCGCGGCUACCGCUUCCAAUGCUCCACGACACCCCCACCGCUCACCAACAACAUUCCAGCCCACACCCCUCGAAUCCCCCAUCCUAACACCCGGAGUAACCCCCCAAGGGCCCGCCCGCGAAACAUCAGCCCUAGCCCCAGGAACAACCGCCCCCCGCGUCUCCGUCGACGAAGCCGAUGCCGCCCUCAAAGCAGCCGUCGAAAGCUCCAUCGCCCGACAAAUCAGCGUAUCCCGGCAGCAGCGACAACUGUUGCGGCCUUUUGGGGGGUCGGUCAGGGGCUAUGGCCAGAGCACACCGCGUGGGAAUGGCAACGGGAAUACUCUUGAGAGUAGCAUUAGGAGUACCUUUGGAAGCGGGAGUGGAAGUGGGAGUAGUGGCCGGGCGCGAAGUGCUACGACAGGAACAGGGCUGGGGCCGGCACCGGGCACUAGGAGGUCAGUGGAGGAUGGAACAGAGGGAGAGGAGGUGAUUAAGGGGGUGCGGAGGGUGAAUACGCCGCCGGUGAUGGUGGUGAUGAGGGCUGGGGAUCGCAGGAGUGAGAGGGUUGUUUUGGAUGUUGUUGAGUAG